CUUAUCUUCAACAUAUUUUGAUUUCAUGGAGUUCCCUUUUAUCUCUAAAUCUCUUUGUUUAUGUAGACAGUAACAUGCAUGAAACUUAACCAUGGUUGCUGGUGAAAGACUGGCGGUGAAAACAAUGGUUCAAGAAGAUCAAACAACCAGCAGUACUGGUAAAUCAUGCAAGAAGCGAAGGCCUAAAAAGGUACCCCAAAGAGGGCUGGGCGUGGCACAGCUAGAGAAGAUGAGGUUAGAAGAACAACAGAAGAAAGAUCCCUUCUGUAGGUCACCUUCAUCUUGUGAGUUCAACGUUGAAAGGGAGUGGUUUUGGUUGGAUCAUGGUUGGGAUUUUAGGACGAGUUUGGGAAUUGAACCAGUUUGGCCUUUGCCUGGUCUGAUGUCGAGUGGACGACAACCUUCUUCUUCAAUGGUGAAUUUGUCAUCAAGAACUUCAUCAACAUCUGUAAUGAAUUUUCAGAUGGAGCCCCCUUCAAACCAAAGCCAUUAUACAUAUUUUAAACCUUUCUUGCCUGGAGAGAAGGUGAUUGCCAUGAAGAGACCAUACCCUUUCUCCCUGGACAAUGUUCCAAUCCAUUCUUUUCACACAAAAUAUUAUCCUCCCGUUGUUCAUGCCAACAAUGGACCAUUUGAAGCUACUUCAAAUACUAGCAAAGUUACCACAUUCAAUUCCGAAUCCGGCACCUCGAAUCCCAGGGAAGGGCCUUCAUGUUCAACCUCAAAUGGGGAUUUUGCUAGAGGUUUUCUCACAUUAGCCCCUCCAACAACGACAUCAAUGUGUUCAACCUCGAAAUCCAAGCAUCCUCGAUCAAAUUCAAUCCCUUAUGAAUUGCCAGCAAGCUUUGAGGAAUCGAUAAUGGAACAAGGUGGCAGUGGAUUAAAUCUGCAGCGACCUUACUAUAGCUUCUUUCCACCACCUGAAAUGGCGGAAAUUGAACGAGCAAGUGCAGUAACAAUGGCUAAUUGUAAAAGGCCGGAAGAAGCUGCUGGACACGUUGAUCUCAAUUUAAAGCUAUAAAUUCAUGCACAUUUGAAUGAAAUAAGCUCUUGUUUUGUAUCAUUAUGGUUUUUUUCGAUGAAAAAAAUAUCGAGAAUUCAUGGAAUGACCA